AUGUCGAACCGUUUCUCUGUAUAUUCCACCCAGUCUGCUGGUUUGCCCGGUGGCCGACCAUCGAACCAGAUUUCAACAACAACGUUAUUGAACGCCCUCCACGCACACUACACCUCGGGCCAACCGUACCAACUGGACGCUGGGUCAAGCAUAGUGGUCAACAACUGGCUUACUGCCGCUCAGACAGGGCCCAACGGUCACAAUGGAGGCACGAUAGACCGCGAAUUAGCAGCAAGGGCAUGGGAACACGCUCGACGAAGAGCAGAGGAUGGUUGUAUUGUGCUGAGCUCUACUCACCAGUCGACCCCCUCCGUUUUUGAACCCUUCUUAUCCACGCUUCCGCUCUCCACCCCAAGCGUCACUUACACGGCUCUCUCCGCGCUUAAUCCGUUUCUACGGGCUGUGACGGCCUUCAACCCUUCAUACUCUCUCUACUCUGCCCUCUCCGCCAACUUCACGUUCACACUCAAAGGCGACUUGGUUACGCUCACUUUGGCUCUGUCGACAUCGGGCAUUAACGUGCAAAAAGGCUUGCUUGACAUUCCGACGGAGGCUGGGUAUCGCGCAUUUGAUGUGUUUUACUAUCUAUUGACAUCAUCCUCAACCGCAGCGGAGCGGGAGUUUCUGGCCCUUAAAGAACCCUCCGCGUACGCCUUACUGAACAAGUCGGGAACAUACGAUCCACCUCAUUAUAUUCCCACAGCCGAUGAUGCCGCCGCUGCAGAAGACUUCAGGGCUGCUCUGAAAGCAAUUGGAAUCAAAGGAGCGUCUCUACGAAAUCUGCUGUCUAUUCUCGCCGGGCUUUUGAAGCUUGGCAACACCGCUGGAUUUCUCGUAGACGAGGAGGAGCUUGAGGAGACCUGCGAGGAAGUUGGAGACUUGCUCGGUGUAGACCCGGAAACUAUUCUGCACAAAUGCGCUACCGACGAGCGCGAGCUUCUCAUUUCUGGAAUCUAUGAGGCGUUGGUCGACUGGGUUAUUGGCAAAGCCAAUGAGGCCAUUGCCAGCGAGCUUCAAGAGCUGAGCGCCAGCGGAUCAGGCGGACAGUGGAAUGAUGACGAUACGGUCAGCAUCUCCGUUGUUGAUAUCCCUCGUCCGGGCUUUGGGAAAGCUGUGGCCAUGCGGAACGUGUUUGACGAUAAUCUUGGUAUCAAUGCAGAGAUGAAGGAGGAUGGCGUUCCAGCGCCGCCGGUCGGGCAAGCUGUUACAAAUGAAAUGACAGCCGCAGUGGAACAGUUUGCACCCGAUCUCGGAAUCAGUACAGACCCUGCAAGAGAUUAUGAACUUGACAAGCGACAAGGUGUCUUGGAGAAGGUUGGAAUUGAUCUCGACGCAGAUUCGUUUCUGCGGCAAAUCUUAAUUCCAGUGGAGAGCCAAGGGAUUGCCAUUGGGAAGAAGGGACGGUUCGAUCUUGCCAGCACUCUCGGUAGCAGCAGGGUUUGGCACCAUAUUUCCGUCCACCCCAGCGACGAUCUGCCCGAGACAUUAAAUGCGUCCACGCCCACAUCUGCAUGGACAGCAAGUGUUGUAUCUCGCCAAAUUCGUGAAUGGCGACUUGCUGAAUGGGCAAAUCGCCGUCUCAAACAGUUUGACUUCACCGCCGACUUCGACGUAGACGAGUUUGUCAGCCGCUAUGCUCGGCUAGGCUGCGCCGAAGGCAGAGACGGGGUAGAAAGUUGGUUGAUGGAGCGAGGGUGGACGAACGGCGAUGCCUUUGUCGGCCACCAGCGUAUAUGGAUGAGAGAAAAUGCAUGGUGGGAAGCCGAGACGAUGAUUGAUCUCAAAGCGGAUGAGCCGCCGUCGCAGCACUCGUACAAUUUCAGUAACAGCAUGCUCGACCCCCACUAUGUGAGCACACCAAUGGCCGAAUCGUCGAGCCUUCUCGGCGCCAGCCAAAAUACUUUCCCUCAGCGACAGAGCGCAAUGGCACCCAGCAUCAUGGCCAAGUCCAUCGCGCCGAGUGUACCUGCUAACAUGAACAUGGCCGGUGACUAUGGUCUGGGCAGCAAGGGCGAUGACAAAAAGUGGGACAAUGUGUACUACGAUGGAGACGCUGAAGGGGGAGAUCGCAAGCAUCUUGAAAAGGACGAAGUCACUUUCGGGCGUCGUGCUUGGACUGCUUUUGUUUGGGCGCUUACCUUCUGGAUACCAUCAUUUGUUCUGCGAUACAUUGGACGGAUGAAGCGCCCCGAUGUGCGGAUGGCCUGGCGAGAAAAGCUUGUCCUGGUCCUUUUGAUUCUCCUCUUCAACGGCAUUGUUUGCUUCUAUAUCAUUGCUUUCGGGGAUCUCCUUUGCCCGGGCAAGGACAAGGUUUGGAAUGAAAAGGAAGUUGGCUGGCAUACGACAACCAACAAUUUCUAUGUCAGUAUCCAUGGGUAUGUCUACGAUAUAAGCAAGUUUGCGAAAGUCACGCACGGCACCACAACCUCAGAAGCGACGCCUUCGGAUAUGAAAGAAUUGGCGGGAGAGAUAUUAGACGCUUACUUCCCGCCUCCCUUGACUCGGAUGUGCGGCAACUACGUUGAUGAUCUGUCAAUCAGCCUGCAGAACAAUGACACCGCUGCCACGAAUGACCACCCACUCGCUGUGCAUAAGUCCGGUCCUCGAAACCAACCCGAUACGACUACCAAGAUGCACAACAUUACAUGGUACGAACAAGACUUCUUACCGAAGAUCAACGAGUACUAUAAAGGAAAACUCGUCUGGUCGAAGGACACUGUCAAGAAGCAAGCGGAGGGUGCCAGCCAACGGAAAUGGGUCAUUGCUCACAGCAAAAUCUACGAUCUCACGGAUUACUUCUACACCCUGGACCAGAUGAACUCGGCAGAUUCGUACGACUGGCUCCCUUCUGCCAUCACGGACCUGGUUAAGAACAAUCCUGGCUCAGAUGUUUCGGAUCAAUGGCCGUUGGAAUCGUCUCCUUUCCGCGAAGCCCAGUCCUGUCUGGAUUACGUGUUCUACAAGGGGAAUACGGACUUCCGCGAUGGUCCGAGAUGCACAGUCAACAACUGGAUUCUGCUGGCGUUCACGAUUCUUAUUUGCGCAGUCGUUCUGGUCAAAUUCCUUGCUGCUCUUCAGCUUGGCUCAAAGCGUCGUCCAGCGCCCCAGGACAAAUUCGUGAUCUGCAUGGUUCCUGCCUAUACCGAAGGCGAGGACUCCCUUCGGAAGGGUCUCGACUCGCUCACUGCUCUUCAGUACGACAACAAGAGGAAGCUGAUAUUUGUAAUCUGUGACGGCAUGAUUGUCGGUGGUGGUAACGACCGGCCGACGCCAAAGAUCGUCCUGGACAUUCUCGGAGUCGAUCCCAAGAUCGACCCUCCCGCAUUGCCCGUGAAGUCGAUCGGUCAGGGCAACGAACAGCUGAACUAUGGCAAAGUGUACUCUGGAUUGUACGAAUACGAAGGCAACGUUGUGCCCUACAUCGUCGUUGUCAAGGUCGGCAAGGAGUCCGAGCAGAACAAAUCGAAGCCCGGUAAUAGGGGUAAACGAGACUCUCAGGUCCUACUUCUCAACUUCCUCAGCCGCGUACAUCACCGUGCGCCAAUGUCCCCUCUUGAACUGGAGGUUUUCCACCAGAUCAAUAAUGUCAUUGGUGUCGACCCGGAACUCUAUGAGUACUGUCUAAUGGUAGAUGCGGAUACAAGUGUACGCGAGGACUCCCUGAACCGCCUUGUGGCUGCAUGCGCCAAUGACGCUCGAAUUGCUGGAAUUUGCGGUGAGACAAGUCUUCAAAACGAGGAGCGAAGCUGGUGGACGAUGAUCCAGGUUUAUGAGUACUUCAUUUCCCAUCAUCUGGCCAAGGCUUUCGAGUCUUUGUUUGGCAGCGUUACGUGUCUUCCUGGAUGUUUCUGUAUGUAUCGUCUGCGCACGGCAGAUCGAGGUCGUCCAUUGAUCGUCUCGGAGAAGCUUAUUGAGGAAUAUGCGGACAACAAUGUCGAUACGCUCCACAAGAAGAACUUGCUGUCUCUGGGUGAAGAUCGAUAUCUCACCACACUAAUGACCAAGCACUUCCCCACCAUGUCAUAUAAAUUCAUUCCGGAUGCCUACGCUAGCACGGCAGCGCCUGAGACGUGGUCAGUCCUGCUGUCGCAGCGACGUCGGUGGAUCAACUCCACGGUUCACAACCUGGUUGAAUUGGCGGCGUUGAAAGAUCUUUGCGGAUUCUGUUGUUUCAGUAUGCGUUUCGUUGUUAUGGUUGAUCUCUUGGGAACAAUCAUCCUUCCAGCGACCUGUGUCUACCUCGGAUACUUGAUCUACCGCGUUGCCAGCAAUACUGGACCCUUCCCGAUGAUUUCCAUCAUCAUGCUGGCUGGUAUCUACGGUCUUCAGGCGAUCAUCUUCAUUCUCAAACGCCAGUGGCAACACAUCGGAUGGAUGAUCAUCUAUCUCUGUGCAUACCCCAUCUACAGUUUUGUCCUUCCGAUGUAUUCCUUCUGGAAGCAGGACGACUUCAGUUGGGGUAACACUCGUGUCGUCAUUGAGGAGAAGGGCUCCAAGCGCAUUGUCGCGGUGGACGACGACCAAUUCGACCCUCGCAGUAUCCCUCUCCAGCGCUGGGACGACUAUGCCCUAGCUAACAAUCUUCCCGGGCGCCGAGGUGACUACGCAGUUGCCGGUCAAGAAAAGGGCUUUUACAGCGGUCGCUACAUGGAUGACACUGUCAUGGAAAUGGACGACAUGCACUCGCAAUACUCCUCCGUCAAGCCCGCGUCGACUAUCCUCACUGGCUUCCCCGGACAGGGCCGUCAUUCGUACAUGCCGCCGCAAUCCCCAGCUCCGUUUGGCGGAAACAUCCCCGGUAACCGCAACUCGCACAUGUCCACCUUCUCCCGGUACACAGACCAGCCUCUCCAGGGUAGCAGUCAUCUGCAAGCACGCCCCAUGUCAAUGGGCAAUCUGAGCCAGUUGGAGCACAGUGGCAUGGCCAGUCGGCAGAGUGUCGGGAUGGUCGGGCAAAGCACUGACAACCUCCUUCGUCCCAACUCUCGCAGCCCUGUAGGGUUCGGCUCACGGCCUGCUAGCGCAUUCGAUUUCCGGGCCGGCAUGAACGGUCCUGAUGAGGGUGCCAUCACUGAGGCUAUCCGUAGCUGUCUCGCAGAAGUCGACCUCGACACUGUUACCAAGAAGCAGGUUCGCGCGUUCGUUGAGCAACGACUUCAGACGACGCUUGUUGGUGACAAGCGGGCGUUCCUCGACCGCCAAAUUGAUAACGAGUUGGCGAAUAUGUGA